AUGGCCACGCCCCUGUGGAAAUGUAUUUUAUGCCCGGAAAAUGAGCUUAUACUCAAAAGAACGCUUGCUUGUGGACAAUCGUUUAGAUGGAGAGAAACUGACAGUGAUGUUUGGACUGGUGUCAUUGGCAACAGAGUGUGGAAACUGAGGCAGUCACAGACACACCUGUACUAUCAAGUGUUUCCAGAAUACAGUGAAACUCUGGAACAGGCAGACAUAUCUAAUGUUAAAAUUGAAAAAGAUGAAGAUGGCUUUCCUUCUAUUAAAUUGCAAAAUACAAUGCAAGAAACGUCCAUGACCUUGACGGAGUGUAAACAAGCAGAUCGUAAAUUUAAAAUAAAAGUAGAGAUACCAGAUCACAAAUAUGAGAUAGAUGACAAGAAAGUAAUUAACAAAAAUAAAUUUCGGAAAUCACAACACACAGACACUGCUGGUGAUAUUAGUGAUGGUACAGAGAAGGUGGAUGAGGAACAGUCUAUUCUUCGAGACUAUUUUCAGCUUAAUAUCUGUCUGACUAAACUUUAUGACCACUGGUCUGAUGUCGACCCACAUUUCAAAGAGGUGUCCUCUAAAUAUUCUGGGAUCCGGAUGAUUCGCCAAGAUCCUGUGGAAACCUUAUUCUCUUUUAUCUGUUCAUCUAACAACUCUAUCCCUCGUAUCAUUCAGCUGGUUGAUAAACUGUGUAGUCACUAUGGAGAGAAAAUAGCUACUGUGGAUGGUGAAGACUAUUAUUCAUUCCCUAAAAUAUCAGCUUUUGUUGGAGAUAAUGUUGAGAGCAAUUUACGAAUGCUUAGUUUUGGGUACAGAGCCAAGUAUAUUCACAAAUCUGCAAAAUUUAUCUUGGAGAAUCAUGGCAAAGAUUGGGUCAAUUCUCUGCGUCAGUGUGAUUAUCAAUAUGCUAAACAACAACUCAUGAAACUUCUUGGGGUUGGACCAAAGAUUGCAGACUGCGUAUGCCUUAUGUCACUAGAUAAGCCAGGUGCUAUCCCUGUGGACACCCAUGUGUGGAAGAUUGCAGCUGAACACUAUAUGUUAGAUCUUCAAGGGAACAAAUCUCUCACAGACAGGCUGUAUAAGAAGAUAGGAAAACACUUCCGUGACCUGUGGGGAGAAUAUGCUGGCUGGGCUCAUUCUGUGUUAUUCGCAGCUGACCUGAAGACCAUUACGGUUCCCAAAGAUACCAGUGGUAGUAGUGCAAAGGCAACCAAGAGGGAAUGGCCUGACGAGCUAAGCAAGUCAAAGAAGUUCAAACAAGUGUGAUAUUCAACAGACUGGCCUCCCAGCACCCUUACUGAUGAAAUUAUUAGAGGACAGUAUCCUAGAUUUAGAGGACAUUUUAUAUUGGAAGGAAGGAAAUGUUUUAUUUAAUGACGCACUCAACACAUUUUAUGUACAGUUAUAUGGCCUAGGACAUAUGAUUAAGGACCAGCUAUUGGGAGAGGAAACCUGCUGUCGCAUCUU